AUCCAGUGCACAAAUGAGAUGAAUGUGAACAUCCCGCAACUGGCCGACAGUUUGUUUGAAAGAACUACCAACAGUAGCUGGGUCGUGGUCUUCAAAUCUCUCAUCACAACCCAUCAUCUAAUGGUGUACGGAAAUGAGCGUUUUAUCCAGUAUCUGGCGUCCAGAAACACAUUGUUUAAUUUGAGCAAUUUCCUAGACAAAAGUGGAUUGCAAGGUUAUGACAUGUCAACGUUUAUCAGGCGGUAUAGCAGAUACCUGAAUGAAAAGGCAGUUUCCUAUAGACAAGUGGCUUUUGACUUCACAAAAGUAAAAAGAGGGGCUGAUGGAGUAAUGAGAACAAUGAGCACAGAAAAACUCCUAAAAACUGUACCCAUUAUACAAAAUCAAAUGGAUGCACUUCUUGACUUCAAUGUUAAUAGCAAUGAACUUACAAAUGGUGUAAUUAAUGCUGCCUUCAUGCUUCUCUUCAAAGAUGCCAUUAGACUGUUUGCGGCGUACAACGAAGGGAUUAUUAACCUCUUGGAAAAAUAUUUUGAUAUGAAAAAGAACCAGUGCAAAGAAGGCCUUGAUAUAUAUAAGAAGUUCCUCACUAGAAUGACACGGAUCUCGGAGUUCCUUAAAGUUGCAGAGCAAGUUGGAAUUGACAGAGGAGACAUACCAGAUCUCUCACAGGCACCAAGUAGCCUUCUUGAUGCUUUGGAACAACAUUUAGCUUCUCUAGAGGGGAAGAAAAUCAAAGAUUCCACAGCUGCAAGCAGGGCUACCACCCUUUCCAAUGCUGUCUCUUCCCUGGCAAGCACCGGCCUGUCCCUCACAAAAGUUGAUGAAAGGGAAAAACAAGCUGCGCUAGAGGAAGAACAGGCUCGCUUAAAAGCUUUAAAGGAGCAACGUCUAAAAGAACUUGCAAAGAAACCUCAUACCUCUUUAACAACUGCGGCUUCUCCUGUGUCAACUGCAGCAGGAAGCAUAAUGACUACACCAGCCAUUGAUAUUUUUUCUACCCCUAGUUCCUCAAACAGGUAUGCUGAAUGGUAUUUCACUGUGAGAUGCACUGCAGCAAAG